AUGUCUUCUCCGGCCGCGUAUGAGGGUCCGGAGCCUCAUAACAAGGACAAUGUAGUGGAACAGUUCCAACAUGUGGAAAAUACAAAGGAAGAAAUUGAAGAGAAUCUAGUGUAUGAAGAAGAUGAAGAGCCAGAGCUACAUGCGCAGACCUAUUUUGCCUUGGCUGCCAUGUUACUAUUGAAUCUCGUCCAGGUUUUCGGGCUUCUCGGUCCCCCAACUGUGCUUUCUUAUAUCGAAAAAGACCUCAAAAACACUGCCACAGGCACUUGGGUUCCCAAUUCCUUAUCUCUUGUUCAAGCUGUCCUCGCUCCUGUCAUCGCAUCCCUCUCGGAUACAUUCCAGGCUAGAAAGGCAUUUCUCGUCGGCCCGGCCAUCAUUUCAUUUAUCGGAUGUGCUAUCGCCCCUGGGUCGACCAAUAUAUAUCGUCUUAUCGCAGCUCAGGUGCUAAUUGGAUUUGGAUUUGCCACGGUCCCGCUGGCAUACUGCGUCCCGAGUGAUAUUUUGCCCCGAAAAUGGAGACCAAGUGAGUUCAACUUCUUCUGCUGUGGGUUCAAAUGGCCCUCUGGGGCAUGGCAGCGAUCGAAGCUUGGCCGCGUCGAUCUUCCAGGCUUUUCCCUGCUCACUGCGGGCUUGGCUAUUUUCUUGACUGGGCUCAAUCUUGGAGGUAGUCUUUACACCUGGUCUAGUGCGCCGGUAUUGGCUACUUUGAUCAUAGGGAUUAUCACUCUAUUCGCCUUUGGGAUCUACGAGUGGAAAUUCACAAAGACUGGAAUCCUACACCACGAUCUCUUCCACGGUGGAAGAAACGGAGACAGUGCACGUCAUACCUUUGCUAUCUGCAUUGGUCUCAUAUUCAUUGAGGGGAUCCUGCUUUUUGCCUUCAUUAUCUUCUACCCUGUUCUGACAGAAACUCUGUUUGAAACGGACCCAUUCUUGGGCGCGGCUCGACAACUACCAUAUUGGAUUGCUUCAGCUAUAAGCACUGUGAUUUACGGCUAUUGCAGUACUAAAUUCCAGACAAUCCGUUCCCCAAUGGUUGCCGGUGCUAUGGCAUUCGUUGCUCUGGCUGGACUGGGUUUCGGCUCCCCCUUGAUCUUGGCAAUUGCUGGAGUUCAACUCUCAGUGCCGCAUCAUUUGAUUGCAACAGCCACAGCAGCUACGACUUGCUCUCGUGCCAUCGCUACUGCCGUUUUCACAGCUAUAUUCUCUGCCGCCUUCAGCGCACGCCUAGAGAAAUAUAUUCCCGAGUAUGUCUCAAAGGCAGCUGUGCGGGCAGGACUUCCAAAGUCUUCUAUCAAAGCUUUUGUUAAAGCUGUUUCGUCAGAAGACAAUGCCGCUUUGAAAGGCAUAUCUGGUGUCACUCUGGAGAUAAUUGACUCUGGUAUCAGCUCCCUGAAGCAGGCAUAUGCCGAUGGGCUAAGAGUCGUCUUUAUCAUUGCAGUCCCCUUUGGAGUUCUGGCAUGCAUUGCUAGUCUAUUCCUUGGGGAUCUGAAGAAGGCCAUGAAUUACGGUGUCGACGCACCGAUGGAAAACUUGCAUGCCAAGCGUCGCUCACAAUCUUGA